AGCAGCAACAACACAGUACUUCCUUACAGCAUUCUGGGACAUGGAGCAAACUAGUUUUCGAAAGAGAUCCCAGCAGGGUUCCGAGGAUUCCAACUACCCUGAGGUGUUUUGGAGUUCAGAGCCUGGAUAUAUCUGUGACUCUUCAGAGGAGCAAAGUCCUUUUUCCUUGAGCAGCUCAUCAUCGUGUAGCAGCUUAUUCAGUCCAAUCAGCGAUGAGACAAUACAGGAUCCUGAUCCUCCACUGCAGAAACUCAAUUAUACCAAGUCUAUGAUCUUGUCUCAUUCCCGAGGACCAAGGGGCUUCCACAGGAGAAACCUUUCUCACCAUGAGUUUCAAAGUUACGGCAAUUCAGACCCCUCUACAGACGUACCAAGAAUUCCCUUAGUUACAGUCCUGGAUGUACCUCACGAGGUUGAAAAGGCUGAUCAGUUAAACAAGACUAAGAUAGCUGAAGGUGGAAGGAAGCUUAAGAAAAACUGGACCUCGUCUCUGGUUGUUCUAACUGGAAAUAGUCUGGUGUUCUACAAGGACCCAAAAGUGCAGGCUCCUUCAGGCUGGAAACCUUCUAACAGUAAGCCAGAGAGCAGCGUGGACCUGAGAGGAGCCAUCAUAGACAGGGCCCAGGAAAUGUCCAGUAAAAAGAAUGUGAUCCAUCUCCGCAUGGUGACAGGUAAUGAGUACCUUCUGCAGUCUGACAAGGACUCUGUGAUCCAGGAGUGGUACGAUGCCUUGCAGAGGAUCAUCGAGCGGCUGGAUCUGGAAAAUCCACGUGAUGACAUCAUUCUCCGGAGAACAGGCAGUGUGGAGGUUUUGGAUGGGAGUGGUGGGGAAGAGGAGAGCCCUUUAAAAUUGAAAGAGAGUAGAAAGUUCUCAUUGUCUUGGGUGAGCUCCAGUGUUGGAGGAGCAGACAGGAAGAAGGUGAGGCAAAGGCUGAAGAAGCUUUUGGUGAGGAGACCACCCCUGCAGACCCUCCAGGAGAAAGGACUUAUAAAAGACCAAGUUUUUGGGUGCCGCCUGGAUGCUCUCUGUCAUCGUGAAAAUAGCACAGUUCCAAAGUUUGUACGACUUUGCAUAGAAGCUGUUAAUGAGCGAGGACUGGAUGCUGAUGGGAUUUAUAGAGUAAAUGGAAACUUGUCCACCAUACAGAAACUGAGAUUUGUCGUAGAUCGAGAGAGGGCAGUAACAACGGACGGACGAUACCUAUUUCCGGAGCAGCUGUCCCAAGAAGAAAAAUUGGACCUGGCCAGCAGUGAGUGGGAAGACAUUCAUGUCAUCACUGGUGCCCUGAAAAUGUUUUUCCGUGAGCUACCUGAGCCUCUCAUCCCAUUUAACAUGUUCGACGAGUUUGUAGCUUCUAUCCAAAUUUCUGACACCGAGGAGAGAUCAGAGACCAUCAAAGAACUGGUGAGAAAUCUUCCAGAACCUAACUACGACACCUUGAAAUAUGUGAUCUGCCAUCUGAAGAGUGUGAUGGAACACUCGGAAUUAAACCGCAUGACGACUCAGAAUAUUGGUAUCGUCUUUGGACCAACGCUGAUGCGACCAGAAAAGGAACUGUUUUCUAAUAUAGCUGCAAAUAUGGUAUAUCAGAAUCAAGUGGUAGAGCACUUCCUUUCUAACUAUGAAGAAAUCUUUUCAGCAAGUCCCGAGGAGUAAGAAGAAUAUUUAUUCAGCAAUCUUUUUGUUUGUACCACAGAGAGCACCACAAGAUUCAUAGCUUAUGAACAACUAAAGAAAUAUAAAUGUGUUGGUUACAAAAUAAUGAUCAUAGUGUUGAAACUAUGGUGUGAACUGGAGAUCUGCAUGGACGGUUCAUGAAAUCCUUGGUUACCACGAAGUUCUGAGUUGGACUGUUUUACUACUUCAAAGUAACAGUGGAGCAGCAAAUAUGGUACAAGAAUAAAAAAACAUACUAUUGCUGUAGAUAUGAUAGGAAUUUUAUUUAGGUAAUAGAUAUUUUUGAAGAUAUUGUCUACUGGAAAAAAAUGUUGAAUGUGCAUCGGUAAAGUUUUGAGAAGACUAAACUCCAUCCAGUUUAAACUUCUGUCCAGAUUUUUUUACCCUGUAUGUGAUUCAUAGACUACUUGCACUCUGUUUAAAGUGGCUAUUAAUGCUAACGUUGUUUCCUUGUGUAUCUUUGUACAUUUACUUUAAAAGCUAUAUAUUUUUUUCCUU